AUGGCUGCGGCGAUACAGGGGCACCAAGUACACCCGGAAGGGCGGACUUGGAAGAAGCAUUUCCCCCAGGGUGACCUUUGGGUUUUUGGAUACGGGUAUGUUGACAUUUCUUUCAAGAGUUUGAUCUGGAAACCACCUCCUCAUUUCGAUCAGCGGGUACCAGGGUAUAUCAACGGCUACGUGCGGCGCUUCUGGCAGGCUAGUGAUCGACUAACCUUAUUCUCCUUUCGCAGUUCUGAUCAUCGUGGGACGUUGGAGAAGCCCGGUCGAGUUGUUACCGUUAUUGAGCGGGAGUUUUGGGAAACUCUCGAUGACCCGCUAGCUGCCCUUGAAUCCGAAUCCGCCUCCAUAGGUAAAGUAUGGGGCGCCGCGUAUCAUAUUCCCGCCUCACAUGCUGAGGAAGUACAUGAUUACCUUGACGAACGCGAGAUCAAUGGAUAUACAGCGCAUUUUACGCCCUUCCACGCAAUCUCCCCCGUAGCGACAAACACAGUCGCAAAGGUUCCCGAGGUCGAUGAUACAACCCCGAUCACUUGCAUGGUGUAUAUCGGACAACCUACCAAUCCCCAGUUUCUUCGUGAACGCGGAGAGCGUGAUGCGGAGAAUGUGGCCCAGGUUAUUAGCGACAGCCAGGGAAAGAGUGGUAAGAAUACGGAGUAUCUCUAUCUUUUGGAGAAGGCAUUGGAAGGUAUUGGGCUGGGCACGGCCGAUGUGCAUGUCACCGAUCUAGUGAAGCGGGUGAAGGAUAUCAAGGCCGAUGACCAACCCGAGGCUGAAGAGCAGGAAGCAGCAAGAGAUGUGCGCAAAUAUCUAGCUUCGGCUGUAGACGCGGUGCAUGGGGACAAGAUCGAAUGA